UUUUCAUCAAUCCGUAGUACAUUGACAUAGUGAAAAUUGAAUAAAAUUUAUUACAUUGGCUCAUACAUAAUCAUUGAAAUUUUUUUCCAACUAAAUUAAAUCUUUUUUUUAGUUAAUCAUGACUAAUUCUGAACAUGAUAUUUCUUGGGCUUUAAAACUUCUUGAACGUGAGCCGGAUCUUGAAGAAAAUAUUGUAACGAAAUAUUUUCAUGUAGGAUUAUGUACAUUAACUGGAGCAAGUGCACCUGCAUUGGCUAAUUAUCUUUACAAAAGACCAUUAUCAGCUGGAAUACAGAACAUCAUAAUUUUCGGAAUAGUAGGAGGACUAGUGGGUGCAUAUCUCAAAGCACGUGAAGUUGAUAUUUUGGCUACUAGGGAUGCUAAAAUGCGACAUUAUAUUACAUUACAUCCAGAAGAUUUUCCUCCACCCGAACGUAAAAAGUAUGCAGAUCUUUUCUUGCCUUGGGAUCCAGUACGCUAAAUGCAGUUAAAUUUAAAUGAUAAGUAGAACAUUGGAAUUUUUUUAUUAACGCAUUAUUGUAUAACAAAAUCUUAAAAAAGGUUUACAAUCGUAAAUAUUAUUAGUGAGUGUACAUAUAUUCUCAGAUUGCGCUAGUUCAUUUAUAUUGUUAUAAUAUGGUACAUUAAAUAUUGAUGUUUAUAUACAUCGACUUAAUUAAA